AUGUCUCCACAGAAGAAGCACAAGCUUGACGACGAUCGGGCUGCAAUAUCUUCCCAUUUGGAACAUACUGCAUACAUCAAGAGAAUUACCAAUGAGACAAAGAUCCAAGUGGCAAUCUCCCUAAGAGGAGGGGACAUAUCACUGCCAAGCUCGAUACUUAACAAGACCUACGAUAGGACGCCGGAUGCCAAAUCCCAAACCAUUUGUAUCCAUACUGGAAUUGGGUUUUUGGAUCAUAUGCUACACGCAUUAGCCAAACAUUCAGGGUGGUCCCUCAUUGUUGAGUGCAUUGGUGAUUUACAUAUUGACGACCAUCACACAUGCGAAGACGUGGGCAUUGCAUUGGGUGAGGCGUUUCACGAGGCGCUUACGGCCCACGGUCCCAUCAGAGGUGUCAAGAGAUUUGGCUAUGCCUAUGCACCAUUGGAUGAGGCCCUAAGUAGGGCUGUUGUUGAUUUAAGUAAUCGCCCGUUUGCCGUUGUAGAACUAGGUUUGAAAAGAGAAAAGAUUGGCGACUUGAGCUGUGAGAUGAUUCCCCAUGUUUUAGAGAGUUUUGCAACUUCUGCAAGACUCACUAUGCAUGUUGAUUGUUUAAGGGGGUUCAACGACCACCAUCGAAGUGAGAGUGCCUUUAAAGCGCUGGCUUUGGCAAUUAAAGAUUCUCUUUCUUCCACGGGUAAGGACGACGUUCCUUCAACAAAGGGAGUCUUAAUGUAA